CAUUCAAACGACAUGACCGCUCCGCGCCGAGGCGAAAGCACUACAAACGGAGGUUCAGAAAGAGUAGCCUUUUUCUCGUUACGUCGACUCUGACAGAAAAGGAGGCACUGCAUCUUUAAAAAAUCUCAAGAAAAACACAACCCGCUCAGUCAAAAUUGUGUGAUGAUAAGGACUACUACCACUUUUACUUUUGGAGAGCGGUUACCAGUUAAGACAGCGCUCGGCUUCGUCGGGUUUCCCCUGCGCGCUCAUUGCUGGGAGUCAGACUGAAUCCGAGUCACAUGACACGACCGGAGGCUGAGAUUCAGAGAAAAGCUCUUCAGUACAGCUCACACCGCCAUACUGUAUUUUAUACAAUAUCUCAUUUUUAUUGCAACAUUUUACUCCCGCUCGGGAAUCCUUUUUUUCUAACCUGGUGACAUUUUAACGUGAACCCUAUCUUGAGCAGCUUACAGAUCACAGGAAGGACCCUGGAGGAGGAUGACCGGUAAGAGCCAGACCAGCAACGUGACCAACAAGACUGACCCCAGGUCGCUCAACUCCCGCGUCUUCAUCGGCAACCUCAACACAGCCAUCGUCAAGAAGGCCGACAUCGAGGUCAUUUUCGCCAAGUACGGCAAGAUCGUGGGCUGCUCGGUGCACAAGGGCUACGCCUUCGUCCAGUACAUGAGCGAGAGGAACGCCCGAGCUGCCGUGGCUGGGGAGAACGCCCGGAUCAUUGCUGGGCAACCACUCGAUAUCAACAUGGCGGGGGAACCCAAACCCUACAGACCCAAGGCUGGAUCCAAACGGCCGCUUUCAGCUGUGUACAGCGGUUAUGAAUUUGACUAUGAUUACUACAGAGAUGAUUUCUACAAUCGGCUGUUUGAUUACCAUGGCCGAGUGGCACCUCCUCCCCGGGCAACCAUCCCACUGAAGCGCUCCCAGGUGGUGGUCCCAUCCACCCGUCGGGGGAAGACCUCCUUCCCCAUCAAGACCUCCUCCUCUUCCUCCCGGAUACCCACCUCCAGCUCCUCUUCCUCCUCUGGGCCCAAGUUGAGGACCGACCAGGUGCAGACGAUCAAGCGGGAGCUGACGCAGAUCAAAACCAAGAUCGACUCCCUGCUGGGGCGGCUGGAGAAGAUCGAGAAGCAGCAGCGGGCGGAGGCCGAGGCUCAGAGGAAGUACGAAGACCCCUGCGAGUCCCUCCACGAGGAGUCGGUGUCGGAGACGGCGGAGAACUCGGCCGAGGAGGCCGGGGAGGGGGCACUGGACACAGAGGCCGGGGAGAUGACUGACGGGGGCGAGGAUGACUUCGACGAGGAGGGCAGCAACGACCUGAUAGAGAACCAUGUAUCAGACAUAGACAACUGAAAAAAAGGAAGGGGGAGAGUGAUCCACGGGCAAAUGGAGAAGGAGCCAGUGACACUCGGAGGGGAUGGUAGAACCCCCCCC